AUGACCGGUCACACUCAUGGAUCGGAUUGGGGAGGUGAUUCUUACUGGAGGCGGCGCUAUCACGCGCCCGGGGUCCCUGUGUAUCACGAAAUGGAACUCCUGGAGACUUUUCGCCCGAUUCAGUAUACCAUAAGCAUCGGAUUGCCGAAUGGGACUGGCGGGAUGAAAUUUAUGAAGCUGACCCCAUGGCAGGUUGGGCGGAACAUUACAAUUCGACGCAUGAGCGACGUAGCUGCGGAGACCUGGGGCAGCUGCAACCAAUGCCGCAUAGUAGCUUGGGUUCGGAAUCCACGGGGAGUGGAACUUAAUAUCUAUAUGCUCCAAAAAGGGUGCGACUACCUGCCGUGGAAGAGGAGGAAGCUCGAAGGUGAUGUUGCCAAAGUCAAAAGAGACCGAGCGCCAUCGCUGGAAGUUAUCGAGGAGAAGACCGAAUGUGGUCAUUAUAAACCUCAUGCGCUUGCUCGUCGUAGAGAAGGCAUUGAUCCCCUUAAAAAGAUCCCCCCUCCGGGUGCUCAAGUCUUGAUGAACGAGUUUGAAGAUGACGCUCAAGAGUUCAAAGGGAAGAUCACUGCGAUGGGGAAUGAUAUUUGA